GUUGACAGGGGAAGUUUGAUAUGAGUAGAGGAUGGGUUACUUUCAACCACAGGGUUCCUACGGUCAGUAUAUAUAUAAGAGGAAACCUCAGUGACAGCCCUCAAACGUCUUUACUCCAGACGCUGAAUGGACACAAAGGAAAUAUAGGUUUUAUUGAAGUCAGGAGCUUUUGUCUAAGAGGAAGCCUGUCAACAAAGUCUGCGUUCGCUGGCAUCUCUUUCCAGAAGUCGUAAAUACAGCCGACCUAGUGCUAGUGUUGUGCAGGAUGUCUCAAAAGAAGAUGCUGCAGUUCUGCACGGGAGCUCUGCUUCUUCUCCUCCCCUGGUUUGGUGGCCUGGUCCUCGGAGAGAUCAGCAGCGACUUCUCCCAGUGCCUUGAUUUCUUCUAUAAUAAAACUCCACCAAAGGGUAUCGAUGCAUCAGGGUACCAGCCAAUAUGCCAGCGCUACAAAAACCAGCACCACUUUGCCAGCCUGUAUCACCGCCAGCGUCGUGCACCAUUGUACUCUGCGUACAUACUCAGUCCUGCAGACGGCAAACGGCCCAAUUCUACUUGGAAGUAUGAACCUCAGUUGGCGUUUUCCCGUGCCAACCCAGAGAUGAAAUCCUUCCAGUUUCAAACCCUCGUGGACCAGAAUGUGAUUGACAGCCAGGCGGUGUUUGAGGACUACAGGAACUCCAACUUCACCAAGGGUCAUCUCAAUCCCAGCAUGCACCAGAAGACAAAGGAAGACCGUGAGGCCACCUUCACUCUAACAAACAUUGUCCCUCAGCAAGCGGGCUCCAACUCUGGCCCAUGGAACGGUCUGGAGAAUGAGGUGUUAAGUAAAUUCAAGGCCUUCUGCAACGGGUCAAUGCAUGUGAUCACUGGAGCCAUGCCUUAUGAGUCUGACCUCGUCAGGAUCAAUAACAGGGUGUCUGUUCCUGAGUACAUGUGGUCCGCCUACUGCUGCCCAUCCUACAGAUCGGACCUUCCUAAGGCCGUGAAGGUCUGUUUCCCCACAUAUGCUGCAGUGGGAAGAAAUGACCGCAACAGUGGAGAUGAGAUUGUGCCAGUUAAUGUCAAGGCGAGAGCCUCGAAGAGGGGCUAUGAUGUGAGGCGUAUGUCAGUAGAGACUUUGGAGGGCAUCUUGACACAAAGGCUGGCCAUGCCCAUCAGUCUGUUUCACGGGCAGUGUCAGUAGCAAAGCUUGAGUCCCUUGUUGUUUACUGCUGUGGGUGUGCACUGCAGUAGUCACCAUGUAUAGUACAUCUCUUCAGCUUUAAUUACUGAAUGAGUAUUUGAUUAAUCAGGACAUGAUUAUUAUUUCAUGAUGGUUUGAAAUGGAUUUUUCCAAUGAUUAGGGUUUUGAAAAAUAACCAGUUUCUUGUAACACGUUCAACAACUAACCCCAUGAUUUUACUACUACGAUUGAAAUGGAUGAGCCGUUCAAUGGAACAAUUCAUGUUCAUUUUAUGUUAAAUACUAUCUUUGUUCACACAAAUGUAAAUAAAAUAAAAUGGUCGCACAUUUAACAUUUUGUACUCUGCUCACAUACAUAAUCUUGCAGAAGGCAAACGGCCCACCCAAUGCAAACAGGAUGUAUGAACCACAAAGAUACUGUGUGGCAUGCAAGAGGUCAUUACCUCUAAGGGCCAACUGUCUUGAGUGAGACUUUGUCAGAUUGUUUUAAAUGAGCUGUUACCUUAGAAACAACUAACUUUCCUUGUAUGGCCAAAUGUACCUGCUAGGGGUGCAAAAUUAGCUUUGCAUCCAACUCCCUGUGAAAUGGAAAACAACAUGGCUCCUGGGUCUCUGUGUGGCAAUUAAAAUAAAAGCAAAUAUAAUAUGGACGGGCAGGGCCUCAGCCAGGACCAAGUUUACGUCCUUUAUUAUGUCAGUUGAUGUUGUGUUUUAGUGGUCGUCCCCCAAAGUAAUUUUCAAUUAAAUCAGUGGAUACACAAUAAGCCUGCAGCUUUUGCUGGAAUUCAGCCCUGCUUCUUGGGGUCCAUAUAAAAAAUACGGAAUUAUGAAUAAAUGUUUACCCUUAAAUCUCACAGAUCCAUGAAAAUGCUGCAUUUGCAUGUAGAUGUAAUGGGAAAUAGUUCUUGGGUUGUGAUGGUGAUGGUAAAUGUGAGAGAGCCCUUGUGUAAAUACUCAAAGUGCCAUUGUGGUCAGUGUGAGACUUGUGCAAAUGCUGUCACACAUGUUAUCUUAUCUAAGAGUAAGUAAAAUAGCAUUUUAUCCAUUCUUUUCAAAUUUAAUUUAUUACUAGAUGACUGAAUCGGUCAGCCACCUGGACACAACAGAAGUACAGGAAAACACGCACACACACACACACACACACACACGCUCUUAUGUAUCUUCUAGAAAGUGGUAUCUCCGUCUCUCGGUGUCUCAGAAAGUCAGCCCAGAUAUGCAGUCUUUCCCAAUCGCAAAUCCAGUCUACUCUGAUGUUAGGAAGAGCCAGCCGGUGUGUAAGGACUACACAUACUCUGGUACACCGAGGGCCAUCUCAAUCCAAGCAUGCACCAGAAGUCAAGAGAAGACUGUGAGGCCACCUUCCCCCUGACACACAUUGUCCCUCAGCGGAAAGACUGCAGCAAAGACACUUUGGAGCCACUGGAAAGGGAGGUAUUAAAUAGAUUCAAGGAUUUCUGCAAGGGAUCGAUGUAUGUAAUCCCUGCGACCAUGCCUCAUAAGUCUGGAGCAUACAGUAGCACUAACAGGGUGUCUGUUCAUGUGGUCUGCCUACUGCUGUCCAUCCUACAGAUCUGACCUUCCUGACUCUGAAUCAGGAUCAUGAUGGAACAUUACAGGUGACAAGUGUGGUAGUGAAAGAGGACUCAAGUUGAUUCCCAAAUCAGAAGAUUUUAAGAUAAUGGCCAUUCCUACAGUUAUCUAUGUCUUUUGUAUGUAUAUGUAGCUACACAUUUCCAAGACAUUGCACCUGGCCCUAACAAAAACAAACAAACCAUUGUAAAUAUAAACACAUUUAAACUAAAACUAGCAAACAAUCUGAAAACUACCUAAAUUAAAUAAAGAGUUUAAAACUAAAAUAAAAACUAUUUGAAAAUUCACAACUAUCAUAACGUUGGUAUGCAGUAGGCAUUAAGUACAGCACCCUUAAUGACUGGCACCCUAGUGCCUGGUUAAGAUUCAAAGUCUUACUAUUUACUGAAUACGUGUUUGAUUAAAAUGUUGUCUCGUC